AUGCUAGCGGUCGUGAGGGAACAUAUUGUGGAGGAGGUGAAGUCGGUGAACUUCGUAGCCAUCCAAGCUGACAAGACCACGGACGUUUCUACACAGACACAGCUGAUGCUUGUGCUGAGGUACAUCGAUAACAACCAUAAAAUGCAGGAACGCUUUUUUGAGUUUCUUCCCAUCUCGGAAUCAACCUCAACCUCAAUCUCAAUUGCCAGUGUGCUUUUGGAGAGACUGAUCGGUAUUUUUGCCGACGACGACGAAAAAGUUAAACUCAUUGCGCAUCUUACGAUGGAGCCACUGAAUUUGAUCAUGCAGCAAGCUACUUCUCGCAUCAAAAAAGUUUAUAUUUUCUUUUCCGAUCUGAGCGGGAUUGCAACUUUUUUUUCCCGGUCACCCAAACGGACCAGCAUUCUUGACCAGACUGUUGCACUAAGACUGCCCAGAACUUCAUCCACAUGGUGGAACUUCAACAGCAGAGUCGUGAACACUGUCUACGAGAAUCGAGACGACCUCAUACAAUGUUUUGAAGCCAUCAGGACGGGUUCAUUGGGUUCAUUUGACCAGCCCACUGUGAGAGAGGCAUCUGGCAACGUGAGGAUGCUACAUGAUGAAGAUUUCAUUUUUUUCCUGUGGCUUUUUCACAAAAUCAUGCCCCACGUCGAUACUCUGUAUCAGAAGCUCCAGAAGAAGGACAUCGAUGCUGUCUUCAUCAAACGUGCCCUCGACAGCUUCACAAACAGUGUGCAGGCCAUAAGGGACUCCUCUCAACAGCAGCUGCAAGUAGCAACAGGAGCCAAAAGACCCAGGACGGCUUUGAGAGAAGAGGAGAAGCAGAGGAUGUCUGAAGAGGUCUACGACACCAUCCUGGAUCACACCAAAGCAAGGUUCUCUUUCACUGGCCACCUUUUGAGUUGA